AUUCAAAAGGCUCGAAUUAUUGUGCUCCCUACAUGCUUACUGCCACUUCUAUGGAUCAAUUUACUGGCCAAAUGACCUUUUAUCAAGAUCAAUCUGGUUCUAUGUGGUUGACUGGUCUUUACCAAAAUGGAUUUAGUAAAGGAGGAUAUUAUUCCUUCUCAAUUAUGGAUGGUUGUAAUAAUUAUCUUUACAAUCUCACUGAUAAGCUCGGAUUAGAACCUUCUCAAUGUGAUUCAUGUGCUGAUAAAAGUAGUCAUAGUAGUUAUCAGAGAAGAAUGGGAAGAAGAAACAUGGGAAAUAAUUGUGAUAUGGGUUUUAAGCCGUGGGUGAUUAAAAUUCAUGAUUUAACGUGGGAUUGUGAUGGAAGAGGUGUUUAUAACCAAAGAUGUAAGAAAGACGAUGAGAAAAAAGAUGAAAAACGUGCACUUACCGAUCAAGGGCCACAAAGUGGAUUAUUCCUUCAAAUUGAUACCUCAAGUGGAUCGGGUAGUGCUCCAAUUAAUGUUAAUAAUGCAGGUGGU